GAGUACACACACGGUGUACACUUUUCAAGUGAAACAGUGUCCGUGUCCUGUAGAAUGCGUGUAUAUCUUUCUACAUUUAGUUUGUGCAUAGCUAUCGCUCUUCUGUCUUUAGUAUUUUUGUUUAGUAAACAUGAUGCUGAAAGUUUUUCGGCCGGUUUUAAAGCGCCGCUGGAGCCGUCCGUCGUGAAGAACUUAAAUGGAGUAAAAGCAAAACAACGACCCACCGCGACCACGCCACACAGACUCGCAGAUGUUGCGCACAAGGUGAAUUCACCUGGACAGCGAGAGCCGUUGAUGCAGCUGGCUGUGGUGGCCUGUGGAGAGAGACACGGGGAAGCUGUCAACAUGCUCAAGACCGCAGCCAUGCUCAGCAGCCGAGCCUUGAGAUUUCACAUCUUUGCAGAGGAGCAGUUACACACCAACAUAAAAACAGUACUGGAUUCCUGGCCAGCUUUCAUCCGAGCGAAAUUCAGCUAUGUUGUUCACCCCAUUUCAUUCCCCCAUGAGAACCAUGAAGAGUGGAGUCAGCUUUUCAAGCCAUGUGCAUCACAGAGACUCUUCUUACCGAUGAUUCUGAAGGAGGUGGACUCCUUACUCUAUGUGGACACCGAUGUCCUCUUCCUGCAGCCUGUAGAGCUGAUCUGGGACAUGUUGACGCACUUUAACUCCACACAGUUAGUAGCCAUGGCUCCAGAACACGAGGAGCUGCGGAUUGCCUGGUAUAAGCGCUUCUCCCGGCAUCCGUAUUAUGGAAAAACUGGCAUCAACUCUGGCGUCAUGCUGAUGAAUUUGACUCGGAUGCGAAUGACACAAUUCAAGAAUGACAUGACUUCUAUUGGUCUGCACUGGGACGAGCUUCUGAUGCCUCUGUUACAGAAAUACAAGCUUAACAUAACCUGGGGUGAUCAAGAUCUGAUUAAUAUCAUCUUCCAUUACAAUCCAGAGAUGGUAUUUACCUUCCCUUGCCACUGGAACUACCGUCCUGACCACUGCAUCUACGGCAGCAACUGCAUCCCAGCAGAGAAAGAGGGUGUUUUCAUGCUACAUGGCAACAGAGGAGUGUUUCACAGCAACAAACAGCCUGCCUUCAAGGCCGUGUAUGACACUUUCAAACAUUACACAUUUGGAGAGGAUCUCAUACAAUCAUUCUUGUUACCCCUGGAGGAGGCGCUGAACGGAACCACACACACAUACUGUGGGAAAGUUAGUCAUUUAUUUGCCAGAGGACUUGGAAAGUCUGUAAGGAAGCUCCAGAGAAUGACUCCAGCAGGUGGCUGAGCUGGCUGUGAUGUUGUCGCUGAAUAAUGACAGAAAUGUAUUCUCUGAGACUGGAUAGGAACGUCACUGCUCUUCCAGUCGAAUCGGUGCAAUGUUAGUGCUGAACGUUCAGUUGGAACCCUCAGAGAUAUAGAAUGGGUUAAAUGAUGAAAUGUGAAUUUAAACUGAUACUUCUCAUUCUCAAGGAGCCAUUUUCAUUUCAUUUUUUUCCCUAGUUAAAGGGACAGUCCAAAAAAAAAAUUUCACCCAAAUGUCAUUCCAAAUCUGUAUGAACAAAUAAGUCAAACUGUUGUUACACGUACAUAGCUAUUGUAUGACUUAAGUUGACUUAAGACA